AAUCGAUUGCCUACGGAUUUGAAAUAUCGAUCGAUUCCACUCCUAAGAGUCUUAUCUAUUCGUUUCAGUUAUGUCUUUUAAGAAGCACACAUUUUUUUUGUUUCUUCUAUGUUGUUUCUUUUUCUGGAAUUUUGUUGAAUGUGAGAAAGAGAAUGCAGAGGAAGCACACAACACACCAUCAUCUUUUAUUUUAAGAGUUCCUAUUGUCCUCACUUUGACAGACCAUCUGCAAAUAGAAAUACCUCUUAUCACAGAAGCUCCUGAACCAACGGACAUACCUGUUCUUAUACCAGUUUCUCAAUUACCCAAUGCAACUGGAGUUCCUAAUAACAUUCCCUUUCCAGUUGAAUACAAUUUAUAAGACGAGGCAUCAGCAUCUGAAUAGU